AUGGCGGCUCCUCCAAUCGAGAACAUGGGAGCAGUUGCUCCCCUCAUAUUCGUCAUCGCACUCCUCUGCAUGCCCUCGGGCAUCGGUGGUGGCGUCUUAUUCGUCCCGGUACUUCGACUCAUCGGCAAAGUUCCUCUAAAGGAGGCAACCGCCUUGAGCCAGGCAUUGAUCGCCUCAGCUUCAUUAGCUGCGAUUCUAUUCAACUUCUUCGAGCAAUACCGUGCGAGGAACGAGUCCAAGGCCCUCAUAGUGUGGCCCUUUGUAAUCCUCAUCAUUCCAUGCACAGUCAUCGGCUCGCUCAUCGGCGUCUACAUCUUUUCCUGGCUCCCAUCACUGUUCAUACUGAUUUUAUAUUUCUGUUACGCGUGUCUGGGGAGCUUCAUGGCCUGCAAGAAAGGCAUCAAACUGUGGAAAGCAGAGACGCGGGCUAAAAGACAGAUCCCUGUGGGGGACUCUACUGAUUCGAGUAGAUCCUCAGAAGUGGCUCAAGAAAUCCCACCCCUUCUGGAGAUGCCAAACAGGAAGAAGCUCAUAGCGUACACAAGUAUCGUCGCUUUGAUAUGGGCAGUGUGCCUCAUUUUCCCUCCUCUCAAAGGGAACUCGGCCACGCAGAAACGCUCCCCAGGCGCUGUCAAGAUCGGCCUCGUCCUGAUGACUAGCACUAUCGUCAUCGGCCUGCUCUCCUCCAUCAUUGGGACAGCUGGAGCACUUUUCAUCAUCCGAGUUGUCCUCUCCCUUGGCCUCGACCCCAAGCAGGCUACUGCCACUGCCACAGUUGUCAUAUUUGCCACGAGCAGCAGAACGGCUCUAUCAUUCGCAUUGGGUGGUUACUUUCCUCCCGCUUCGAAUUUGUGGAUCGUCGUCUUACCAUUCGCUGGUGCUCUAUUGGGCAAGACCAUAGUAGCAAAACUAAUAGCAAAGACAGGACGCCUCAGUAUACUUGUCCUACUGCUCGCAGCUAUGGUGGCUAUAGGCGGGAUCAUCACUAUUUCUACUGGUAUCAUUUCUGCAGUAAACGAUGCCCGUAACGGCGAAGACGUUGCUCAGUUCGGUAACUUCUGCUGA